AAACACGCCCACUUUCACUUUCAGUAUCUUCAGUGUCAACACGCAGAUUUUAGCAGUUUUAUCGACAAAAUAAACAAUGAAAUAUGAAUGAAAGGAAAUUCCUUUACAUUUUAAUCUGUUUCUUACAUCCUCUCCGGCUGUUUGGUGAUGAUGUUCAUUUCAUCACUUGGCAGUUCCUCGGCUCUGAAGGCCUCAGCCUUCCCAUGUACACAGAGAGAGUCACUGUGAAUGAUGUAACUGUAUUUUACUAUGACAGUAACAUGAAGUCAACAGCACCAUGUCCUAAAUGGCUCAACACCACAGCUGGUCAGCAACACUGGGAAGAGACCACUGCUUUAUCACACAGCAACAGAGCAGAAAUGACUUCAGCUCUCGAAAAAGCCAAGCAGUACAACCUUUCAGGCACUUAUUCAGAACACAAUAUAUACCAAGGCUACAGUCGCUGUGACCUCUAUGCAAAUGGCACAAUCAAAUCAGUGUUAACCCACGCACUCAAUGGGAAGGACUUCUUAAGUUUUGAUAUAGACAAUAAGAGGUUCAUCGCUUCUGUUUCUAAAGCCAGCAUAUAUAAAAGAAUUAGGGAGGAGAAUAAAGCCAGGCUUGAACGCAUGGUGUUUUUCUAUAAAGAGAUCUGUUUUGACCGCCUUAGGAUGUUCUUAGGGCAUUCUCCUCAUGUCAACAGGAGGAAUGCUCCAGACGUGAGGCUUUUUGAGAGGCAUAGAGCUGGUUCCACUCUCCUCACAUGUCAUGUGACUGGGUUUUACCCCAGAGCAGUGCAGGUGAAGUGGAUGGGGGCAGAUUUACAGCUGGUGGAUGACGAGAUGAACAAUGUGCUACCUAACGGUGAUGGCACGUAUCAGACCAGAAGGAGUGUGAUCAAACCUGAGGGGAGCACAGAAGAUCAGCAGUAUAGCUGUGUUGUACAUCACAGCAGCCUAGAGGGAAAUAUUACCAUCACAUGGGGUAAAGAGCAGAAACUGAACAGGCUUCCUGUUUGGAUUGCACCAGGCUUCAUUUUCAUGGUCAUUGUAGUUGGGCUCCUAAUUCGAGGCUUCUGUCAAAAUUAAGCUGCUGUGAUGGAAAAUGACCACUCAUGAAAAGAUCACUGCUGUCUAUCAUAAUGUCUACCUAAUGUAAAUCAAGGAUCCUGAGAAUUUCUUUUUGUUCUGUGGGUUUUAUCCCCUACUUUUCUUACAGUAUUUCAGGAUUAGUCUGAGAUUUUGAAGUAUAUUUGUCACGUAAUGCUCAACACUAGCAUUAAUUCUCAAAGUGUUAUUUAGUUUUGCACAAUUGAAUCCCAAACAUUUCCAAAAUGUUUAUUAUUAUUACAUUUACAUUAUUGUUAUUAUAUUUGUUUUUAGAAUAACAGAUGUAUUACGCUUUCAUUUCGGAGAACUGUGUUUAAAACACAAUCAGAAACCACUACACAAUAUUUACUUAAUGAAAUCUCUGGAUAUUUUAACCCCUUAAACUCACUGGAACAACCAUCACUGGUCUGUACUGUAGGUGUAUCACUAAUUAUUUAACCCAUAAUGUAUGACUGGGCUUUUUUCCCCCCUUUUUUUUGAUAUUCUUGCACUUUACUAGUCUAUAAAGGAUGCUGACUUUCUUUUCCAGCUAAAUAUUCUCUCUUAUUAAUUUUACUUCUUUUACUACAGCCUAUAGGAGGCAGUACAGCCUCAAUUAAUAUCAUUUAUUUGGCUUCCUUUUGUUUUUGUGUAGAUAUAUCUUGUAUCUUUUACACAAUACACUACACUUUAUUAUGUAGGGUUUAUUUACUAUUUUACUCUUUACUGUUUUCUUUUUUAAAUCUCUGUAUUACUUUUUAAGUCUUGUUUUAAGAAUUAUCCAGCUGAUGAAGCUGUGAGUAUUGUUCUCAUCACACUUUUCUAUGCACACUCAUAGACAUAGCCUUAUUUAUUGAUGUACAUAUUUACAUAUUUAUCUCCACUUGUUCAUUUGCACAAUUUCUACUAUUUGCACUUCUGGUAGAUGCUAAACAGCAUUUCAUUGCUAUGUACCUGUACUUUGCAAUGACAAUAAAGUUGUAUCUAUCUAUCUA